AAGUCUGAGAGAGCGGCUCAGUCGUUGUGAGAGAAAACCUACGCGGAGGAAGGGGCUCUGUUUUCACGACAACGGUGAUUGAUUGUGUUUUUGUUCAUUUUUUCUUUUCCUUGUUGUUGGAUGGGAAUUAUUUUCCGAGAAAAUCAAGGCAAUGAGAAAGUCAUUCAAGGAUUCUCUUAAAGCUCUCGAAGCAGAUAUUCAGCACGCCAACACUCUGGCUUUAGGUUAUCCAAGGGAGAAAGAUGGAGCAUGCCUUCAAAUUAGACUGUCUUAUAGUCCAGUUGCGAACUUAUGUCUAUUUUUUGUUCAGUGGGCUGAUUGUCACCUUGCUGGUGCCCUUGGGUUGCUCCGAGUUCUUAUUUAUACGACGUAUGCAGAUGGAAAAACCACUAUGUCUGUUCAAGAAAGAAAAGCUAGCAUCAGAGAAUUUUAUGCUGUUAUAUUUCCUUCUGUAUUGCAACUUCAAAGUGGGAUAACUGAUUUGGAAGAUAGAAAACAGAAAGAGAUAUGCUCACUCAGGUACUCUAGAAAGGAUGAUUUAGACAAGGGAAAACUCACUGAAGCCGAUAUUGAGAGAGAAGGGGAGUGUGGGAUUUGCAUGGAAAUGAAUAGCAAGGUCGUGUUGCCUAAUUGCAGCCAUUCAUUGUGCAUGAAGUGCUAUCGGGAUUGGCGUGGACGAUCUCAAUCAUGCCCCUUUUGCCGGGACAGCCUUAAACGGGUGAACUCAGGUGACCUUUGGAUUUGUACCAACAACAGUGAAACUAUUGAUUUAUCGAUAAUCUUGAGAGAGAACUUACACAGGCUAUUUAUGUACAUAGAAAAGUUGCCUCUUGUUAUUCCAGAUACCGUGUUUGCUCCCUAUGAUUCUCAUCUGAGGUGAGGAAUUAUUGCUCUGUAAUCAUCCUGCUAAUGGAAACCCGCUUGUAUAUAAACAGUUAACAACUGUAAAUCCCUGCUAGCUUUUGUAUUGGUGGGAUUCAAUAUUCCGUUGAUCUCUGGAUCGUUCUUAUCAAUAUAAAUAUGUUUCAGGUUUUACUUGUUGCU